UUGCAGCAUUUCAACAUGGCGGUGUUUGGAUGAAAACAAUGCACACCACAUACAUUACUUUCGGAAACCAGAUAAUAACAGUGAAUCCACCAUAUUUACAUUAUAUGCGAGUUAUAAACGAUGGUAGUGUGCAACUUUUUUAUGCAAGGCCGGUGUCGGUAUGGCGAUAAGUGUUGGAAUGAGCACCCAAGUGGAGGCAACGCUAGUAGUGGAGGAGGUGGUGGAGGAAGCCGCGGUGGUUACAACAACAGUCGCCCGCCUAGCAACCGAGGUGGAGCCGGUGGCGGAGGAUUCGGCAACCGAGUGUGGGUGAACCCUUCCCAGAGGUCUGGGGGAAAUUAUGUGCAGCCCUCUUCCUUCUCGCGUGGAGGAGAUGACUGGGGUGGAGGAGGUGGUAACAACUGGAAUACUGGAGAAAGCGGAGGAGGAAGGGAUAACGUGAAAAGCACAGAGUUCAGUUUUUCUUCUCAAAAUAGAUUCACAGCUCUAAACAACGCUAGUACCUUUGACAAGGCCGGGAGAGACAGACCUGGGGACGAAAAUGAGAAACAUCUAGAGACCAUCCAGAACGAUAUGGAAAUUUGGGAGACCUCAGGACAGUGGGUUUUCUCCUGUUACUCAGUGCUCAAAGCCACUAUCUCAGGGUUCAGAGAUCAUUCCCCUGAAGAGUUGAGGUUGGAGUAUUACAAUAACAAAGACUCUGGUGACCUUCAGGGUUAUGCUAAUGGCAUUAUUCAGUUAAUCAACCAAUGGAGAAGCAGAGUCCAGGAGUUGAAGACUAUGAAUGCUACAACCCGAGUCGCAAUGCUUGCUGAGUUAAACAAUCCUGUACCACAAGCAACAUCAGAAGGAUUUGGGUCAUCUGGGACUGGGUUUGGGUCUUCAACAACCAGCUUUGGAGCAGGAGGUUUUGGGGCUCCAGCCCAGCCCCAACCCAGCAGUGCCAGCGGCUUCAGCUUUGCUGUUCCAAGCGCUGAGUUUGGCUCAUCAGCCACCCAGGCAGCCCCCACUGGGUUCGGCAUUGCUGCAGCUACAGCUGUUGCCACACCACCUCCAUCUGGCUUCUCUUCUUUUCCAGCCUCGUCGGCCCCCUCGGCUUCGGGCUUCUCAUUCGCUGCCCCUGUAGCUGAAGCCACCAAGGCACCAUCUACUUCCGGGUUUGGAGGUUCCGCUUCCGGAUUCAGUUUUUCCUCAACUGCCAAUAGCGGAGGAGGCUUCGGGGCUGCGGCCCCUUCUACUGGAGGGAAUGACUUUGGACAGACAAGUGUAAGUUCUUUGUUUGGAGGGAGCACUACAGGGACUGUAGCUGGGACAGGCUCUGCUGGGGAGGUAACAGACAGUCUUUUUACCUCCCAGAGUGAACUGACACCAGAGGAGCUGAGUGAGUUUGGGGCAAAGAGGUUCAGUUUGGGACAGAUUCCCCUUAAGCCCCCUCCAGCAAACAUGCUGGUGAUCUGAAUCCAAUUAUGUCAGGUAUUAAAAAAACUGCAAUGUGGUAAACCGUUCAAAUGGAAAUGUGUAAUGUACAAAAUGUCUUAACAUUGCACACCACUGAAGCCUCUACAGAUUUUUAUGAUAAACAAUUGAACAAUAACAAUACGAAUGUUAUCAAUGUAAUUACAAAUAUUAUAUUUACCUUUAUAAGACCUAGCUGCAUAAACCCCUAUGAUGGAGUAAUGUGGGAAAUCACGUUUUUAAAUAAAGGAUUUUUGGAUAAACCA